AUGGCCGACUUUUACCCCGAGGCCCGCAAGCGCUUCCCCGCACUCCAAUCCAACAACCAAGUCUUCUUCGACAACGCCGGCGGCAGCCAGACGCUUGACACCGUCAUCGACUCGAUCCGCGAGUACCUGAGUCAUCAAAAUGUGCAGCUCGGCGCGUCCUACGUCGUCGGACGGCGCGCGACCACUAGCUACCAGCGGGCUUUCGCCGACGCCGCCGAUUUCAUCCAGGCCAAUGUCGACGAGGUCGUCUUUGGCGCGUCAACGACGCAGCUGCUGCGGACACUCUCUUGGACUCUUCAAUUUCGACCUGGUGACGAGGUUGUCAUCUCGGCCAUUGACCACGAGGCCAACAUUGCGCCGUGGGUCGACCUGGCCGAGCGGCAGGGGCUGGUUGUCAAGUGGUGGCGGCCGAAAGACCCGCUCGACCCGGAGCUGCACCCGCUCGACCUGGCGGCGCUGCUGACACACCGGACGCGGCUCGUGUGUUGCACGCACGCGAGCAACGUGCUAGGCACCGUCACGGACGUGCGUGCAGUGGCCGAGCUCGCACAUGGCGUCGGCGCGCUGGUGUGCGUCGAUGGCGUGUCUUACGCACCGCACCGGCUCGUCAACGUGUGCGAGCUCGGUGCUGACUUUUAUGUUUUCUCGUGGUACAAGGUGUACGGGCCGCAUGUGGCGACCUUGUACGCUAGCUGGGGCGCGCAGACGCACAUGCGCUCGCUCGGUCACUUCUUCAACGCCCACACCAGCCUGGUCGAUAAGAUGGGACUCGCGGCCGGCAGCUACGAGCUGUGCCAGGCCGUGUCGGCUGUAGUAUCGUACCUCGGGGGGCGCGAGUACGGGUCGUGGAGCGCCAUGGAGGAGCACGAGGAGGCCCUCACUGAGGCGCUGCUCGAGUACCUCCGUGGGGUGACAGGAAUCACGAUUUACGGCAAGCGCGGUGUACAGGACGCCCGGUUGCCGAUUGUGAGCUUCACCGUCGAGGGGUGGAACUCGCAGGCGCUCGUCGAGGCUAUCGAGAAGCAGUCCAACUUUGGCUUGCGCUGGGGCGCCUUCUACUCAAAUCGGCUGGUCCGUGAGACGUUGCUUCUCAAGCAGGACGGCGUCGUGCGCGUGAGCCUGGCGCAUUACAAUACGAGUAAGUCUAGCGGCAGUGUUCGUAGGUUUGUCUCCCAUUUUGCUGACGCUGUACCGCAGUGGAGGAGGUACUUGGCCUGA